AUGUCUGAAGGUGAAGUACCUCAAGAACCGGCAGCAGCUCCAGCGCCAGCCCAGCAGGCACCAUCACUUGGAACUGACUUGCUUGCUCAGCAUGUUACUAUACAUAUUUCAAAUCUUCCUUAUACAACAACCGAUGAAACCUUAACAACAUUAAUAAACAACAUUGCUCCAGCGUCCAAAAUCCAGAUCGUUAGACGUGUCGAUGGAAAGUCCAAAGGAGUUGCAUUCGCAGACUUUACAAAUCCAGAAGAUGCUAACAAGAUUAUUCAACAAUUAAAUGAUUAUGAACUUGAAGGAAGACAAAUCCGUAUUAGAUUAUCUACAGAGGACAGACAUCCACGUUAUCAGCAUAGAAGACCUCCAUUUAGAAAACAAUAUCGCGAUCUUGAUAGGCCAGAUGAAGGCAAUAGCCGUAGAAGCUAUGAUAUGCAAUUAGAUGAACCAAUGGAACAGCCAAGAAGACAAAACUAUGAUAGAGGAUAUAGAAAUUAUAGAGGUGACAGACCUCCACGCCAAUACGAUAGAAAUCCUAGACCAUACGAUCAGGGAAUGCAGCAACAAGGAAGUUACCCACCUCCUUCAAAUCAACCUCCAAUGGCUUGA